UCCUCUUGGUUCCGGAUGUGGGAAGGGAGGACCAGGGGGCCAAGGGACUCAUUAGCCAAGACAGGAAGCCCCACACCCAGAGGCCUCCAACAGAGAGCGGUGGGGCAGGACUUCGUGUCCAGAUUGGGACGACUUGAUUGGGACAGACAGGCUGAUGCACCUGCCCCUCAGGACCUGCAAGAUGAAGGUUCUCCUCCUGCUCCUCCUCCCCGUCCUUGGGACGCUGGUGUCCAGCAGCAAGCCGCAGUGUACCAUCCAGGACGUCAUUAACCAGAAGAUCGAGGAGGACUUCAGCUCCCUGAUUUUACAGGCAAUAGGUAAUAUAGGCAUGAACUGCCAAACCGUCACCUCCAGGGGGGCACUGGCCACCUGCCCCUCAGGAUUCUCCGUCACCGCCUGCACGUGCGGCUCCGCCUGCGGCUCGGGGGACGUGCGCGCCGAGACCACGUGCCACUGCCAGUGCGCGGGCAUGGACUGGACCGGAGCGCGCUGCUGUCGCCUGCAGGGCCGCGCCUGAGGUCGCGUGUGCGCAGCCCGCGCCGGGGUCGGGACCACACCUGGGUGGGCGGGGCUGGAAAUAAACCAGGCGACGCUGA